UCUGUCUCUCAGUGAGUUUCCUCCUCCCUGCUCUGUGGUCGGACUCUGAUGUGUGUUUGCACUGUUACUAAUAGACUGUUUUUGCCGGGUCAAUAACAGUUAUCCGAACGAGAUGAAGUUCCUCUGCAGUGGAUCAAUUGCGCCUCUCGUGCUUCUCCUCAUCCUGCCAGUUUGCCGGGCUGCUCAUGGGCGCUUCGCUCAGAAGCUGAUGAAAGACUUAUUUACCAACUACACCAAUGCUCUGCGGCCGGUGGAGGACACCGACUACAUCAUCAAUGUCACAUUACAGGUCACUCUCUCCCAGAUCAUUGACAUGGAUGAGCGGAACCAGAUCCUGACUACCUACCUGUGGGUCCGCCAGGUAUGGAUGGAUGCCUUUCUCACAUGGAAGAAGGAGGACUAUGAUGGCCUUGACACCAUCCGCAUACCCAGCAGCUACGUUUGGAGACCCGAUAUUGUUCUGUAUAACAGUGCAGAUGAUGAGUUUUCCAGCUCCAUGGAGACCAAUGUUGUUCUUCGUAACGAUGGCCAAGUCAUGUGGGACCAGCCAGCCAUCACCAAAAGCUCCUGCUCUGUUGAUGUGGCCUUCUUCCCCUUCGAUUUGCAGCAGUGUGACCUAACCUUUGGCUCCUGGACUCACAACGGAAACCAGAUGGAUUUGUUCAAUGCCCUGGACAGCGCCGACUUGACCGACUUUGUCCCCAAUGUGGAGUGGGAGGUUCUGGGAAUGCCAGCCAAGAAAAAUGUCAUCUUGUAUGGCUGCUGCUCAGAGCCAUACCCAGACAUUACCUUUUCCCUCCACCUGAAGAGGCGGGCCUCCUUCUACAUCUUCAACCUCCUCAUUCCCUGCAUGAUGAUCUCCUUUCUGGCUCCGCUGGGCUUUUACCUGCCAGCGGAUUCAGGUGAAAAGGUUUCUCUGGGUGUCACAGUGCUGCUGGCCCUCACCGUGUUUCAGCUGCUCGUAGCUGAGAGCAUGCCACCCUCUGAGAGCGUCCCGCUGAUAGGAAAGUACUACAUUGCCACCAUGACCAUGGUCACUGCAUCAACAGCGCUCACCAUCUUCAUCAUGAACAUCCACCACUGUGGCGGGGAGGCUCGUCCCGUGCCUGAAUGGGCCGAGCGCUUCAUCCUCAAGUACCUCGCCCGCAUCUGCUUUGUGUACGAGGUGGGUGAGAACUGCCUCGGUGGCACCAGGAAAGAACCUUUAUCACAGGAGGGGUCUGACAGCCCAUCAGCCAAUGGCGGCAGCACCAAAGGAGCAAAUUGGGAUGUCAAUGGGAAGGCGUGGGGAGGAAAGGUGGAGGUGGAGCCUCUGAAGAUGGGGCAGGAAGUAACCAACCAGACAGACUGGAAAGAGGAUCUGUUUGUGACCAUUGACCACUCACAGGAGAAAGGAGCUGCUGUAGUGGGAGGGGAGGAAUCAAACUGCGGUGAGCACGAAGAGGAAAAGAAAGGCGUAGGUGUUGAGGGAGGAGGUGGAGCUGGGUGGAACAGGAGGGAGAUCUUGGUGAAGUGUUUAUGCCAACACCAGGAACUGGGCAAGAAUGUUGAGUACAUUGCCAACUCCUACCAGGACCAGCGAGCAGCACAGCUGCGCAUCGGCGAGUGGAGGAAGGUCGCCAAGGUCAUGGAUCGCUUCUUCAUGUGGCUCUUCUUCAUCAUGGUCUUCUUCAUGAGCAUCCUCAUCCUGGGAAAGUCCGUCUGAUGGAGCUCAGCCUAAGAAUUCACGAGAUGAUAAAAUUGUUUGUUUAACGAUUAAAUCAUUUUUUCUUCCUUUUUUUUCUGACACACGUAAACAGCUAAAAAAUAACUGAAUGAUGGUUUAAAGGGUCAGUUUACUGUUUUGUAAGCUGGUACCUGGUAGCUUUCCUCAAAAUCAUUUCCACCAGAAUUUAAAAUGCUUAUCUUUGGAUUUGAAAGGGACUCUGAAGGCUGAUGAAAGUAAAAUGAUUGGGAAAAAAAUAGUUUCUAAUUAUUUACAAAGAUCCUAACAAAUGCUGGAGAAGCUAAACACCUCUCUGUUGGACACAGCAUGAAGGGAGAAUCAAGGGUGGGUUGCAAAGUGGUUUGCAUGAUGCAGCAACUGUGGACAGCCUAAAUGAAAUUUACCAGUUAGAUGUGUAGAUGGGUGUCUGCAGAGCCGUUAGUUGAGAAGGAUGAAUGAAAUGAAAUGAGUAGAGCUCUAAGCGUUAAUCUCAGCGUUAAAAUGAUGUUAACGCCAUGACCGCAUUAACGUGGCAAGUAUGGUUAGCAAAUUAUCACGGAUCGCCCCGUGCGUGGGGCUGGAUAGCGCUAACGCAUUAACGAACUAACCACGCUAAUGUGUGGACGCGGUCCAGCCCCACGCUCGGGGUGAUCCGUGAUAAUUUGCUAACGGAAAUUUGCCGCGUUAAUGCGGUUAUAGCGUUAACGUCAUUUUAAUGAGAUUAACGCUGACAAGAUUAGAAAUAAGUGAUCUGCUGUUUUUCUUAAUUUAAGUUGUAUCGUGCUCAUAUCUUCAGAUCACAGAUGUUUUGCGACUGUUUGCAUUUGCAUUCCAGCACUGAAUUGGUCACUCUAGAUUUCAGCAUUCAGGCAUUUAUGAACCAAUUCAUCAUGCCUUAAUACUUUUCAUUGAGCUAUCUGACUCUCAGAACAGCAUCCCCACCACCUUUGUUCCUUAGGAUAAGUUGGUAUCGGCGCUUUGAUGCAGCUGAUCUCGACUUUGUAGCCUUGAUGAAGUAAUAAUAGGUUCAAUUUGUCCUUUCUUGUCCCACAUUAUUCAUAUUUAACACACUUUAAUCUGAAUCAAUUCUGUCUGGCAAAUACAGACUUUUUAUACUCUAGACAUGGUAAUGCUGCUUCUGUGAUUACGAUCUGAACUACAAACUGUUUUCUUGCAAAUAAUCAUAAUCUAGAAACAAAAAGGAAAAAAGGGAAAUCUCAUAAGAGUCAAAUCUGGUUUUUCCCUCCAAAAAUGCUUUCUGGUACAUUUUGCUACUGAAGAAAAAAAACAAAAACAAACUUUAAAUGGUUGAUAAAACAUUUUCAGGCUCAAUCUUAAACAAACUAAAAUUCACUCACAAGUUGUGGUCAUUUAAGUUUCUAAGAAAGCUCAAAUAAACUGUAGUUCCAGGAGAAAAAAACCCUGCAAUUAUAUGUAGUUUACUUUUAUUUUAAAUCCAAACACACCUCACACUUUUACUGCUUUUAAAGUCAAAACCAGUGACACAGAAAAUCACUUCCAAAUAUUUGCAGUGAUCAAAAGCUAAACAGCUCUGCACAAAGCCUCAUAUCAGAGUUUGAAAGCCUUACUUUACACGUCUGGAUGUUUUUUUUAUUGACGCUGUUUGCAAAAUAAUCGGUUUCAUCACAUCACACAGAUUCUUUGUUCAGCAUUUUGUCUUUUACUACAGCAUGUUAAAUAAAAAGAGUAAAGUCUCAUAUGAUCGUUUGUUUAAUCACGUGGGUUUGUGGAAUCGCACAAAAGUUUACAACAACUGAGCAAAACAUUUGAGAGCAAACAAACAGAGACAUCAGAGAGGACGGGUUCAUGAUGCUAGAAAGCUAGCUCAGACGGGAAUGACUGCUUGUCCCAAAUGUGCCUCACAUCUGCAGUUUUCUUUGGCUGUCUGGAUAGUUAGCCGACUGUAUCCACAGACUCUAUUGGUGCAGCUUUGUAGACACAGAUCCGGCUAAUUAGUUAAUAACUGAUGAGUAAAGCCCUAAAAUUCCACUCACCAAACUGGAGCUCGGGUAUGUUAGAUCAGCAGUCUCCAACCUUUUCUGCGCCACGGACCGGUUUAUGCCCGACAAUAUUUUCACGGACCGGCCUUUAAGGUGUCGCAGAUAAAUACAACAAAAUAAAACUAGUACUGGUACCGAAAAA